AUGGAGAAUACUAAAAUGGAGAAAUUAAAAAAAAAAUUUGGGGGUAACUUUGAAGAAAUAAAUGAAAAUAAUGAAAAUAUAAACAAAAGAUUUUUUGCAAAUGGGAGUGUAAUGGUCAAAGCAAUGGUUGAUCGAGAUGAGUAUAAUAGAGAAAAGACUUAUGCUAACCUAAAUCCACGACCCCCAGGUAUGUUAGAGUUUAAAAAGGCAAAAGAAAUUACAAUAGAUGGGAUAAAAUAUGGUUGUGUUGUCAUAGAGUUUUUUAAUGGUAGAACACUUGAAGAUCGUAUUUCAAAAGAGGUUGAUUUAAAUUUUGUAAAAACAAUAAUAAAUCAAAUUAUUGAUUUAUUAAUCGUAUUCAAAGAAAGAAAAAUUAUACAUUGCGAUAUAAAUCCCAGAAAUAUUUUAGUAAAUGACCAGAAUGAAAUGAAAUUAAUUGAUUUUGGAUGUGUUCGUAAUUUCAAUGAAAUUAAUGAUCAAACUCUUAUAAAUGGUAGAAAUAUAACUAUUAGACGAGAUAUAGAAGAUUUAGGGAUUUUAUUUCAAAAUUCUAUCAAAAAUCGCGAAGAUUUGAAUGUUUUUAGUAAAUUUCCUUCGAGAUGUUUGGAUAGAAAUAUAACAUUGUAUGACUUAGAAAAAUUCCUUGUAGGUAAAGGACUUAGAGAUCAAGUAGUAAGCCAUCCUGUCCAUGUAUCUGCUGACACACCCAGAGUUACUAAUAGAAAUAGAAAAAGUUCUAUCUCUAUUAUAAAAUGGUUAAUGGUUUUGUUUUUAAUUGGUUUUUAUAGUUUAAUUGGUAGAAUAGAUAUUCCAAAAUCUGAACCACCAUAUGUUAAUUUAAAAGAAGUAUUUGUAAUGAAACCAUUAUCAGCCAAAAUUGUUGAUGGUAAACAUUAUAUCACAAUACCAAAAGAUUUUUACAAAAGUAAAAAUAUUGAUGGAGAACUAGCUGAUAUCUCUGGACAACAGAAAAUAGUAACAUUUUUCUCAAAAUUUUAUUCUAUCAGUGAUGGUUUUGCCUUUCUUUUUGGUGGGUAUAUUAGAGAUUCUAAAUGUCCAUGUUGUGGUCAUAGAAACCUUAGAGUCCAAUGGCAUGGGCUUUUAAAAAGGUUUUUUAAAUGUGAAUGCAACCAUAAAACAAAUAAUUUUUGUAAAUGUGGUAUUCAAGGCCCUUCAGAAACAUUCUUUGGGGGGAGCCAUGAUAGACAUUAUCAUCAUCACCAAGCAUAUCAAACAAAAUGUGAACAUGGGGUUGGAGCUUAUUUAUAUUACGGUGACUUCUCAUGGACUUAUACUUGUGGUAACAAAACAGAAAUAUUAGAACAUAGCCCAGUAAUAUUAACUGAGUAA